AUUGGCGACACCGACUUCACAAACGACAAAGUCACGCCCAGUCACCGCAAUCGUCCCUCUCCCCACACGUCACCAACCAUCAUAAUGUCCUUCCGCCCCGGCGCCCGCAUCUUCAGCUCCUUCCGCAACGCCUAUGGCCGCCGACGAGUAAACACCGCCGCGGGCGCACAACCCGCCGGCUUCGCAAAGUUCUGGGAGAGCCCCGUCGGCCCCAAGACAGUCCACUUCUGGGCCCCCGUCAUGAAAUGGGGCAUGGUUCUCGCCGGCGCAUCGGACUUUAGCCGCCCGGCCUCGCAGCUCUCCUUCACCCAGAACUUCGCCCUUAUGUGCACGGGCGCCAUCUGGACCCGCUGGUGCUUUGUGAUCCGCCCCAAGAAUGUUGCUCUUGCCGCUGUUAAUGCUCUGGUUUUCGUUGUCGGUGGAACACAGGUUGCUCGCAUCUACUCGUAUAACAAGAGCUUGGAGGGUACUGAGGGGCAGGCUAAGGGCGAGGGUAAGGCCCUGGAGCAGGAUUUGAAGGCCACGGCGGAUAAGGCUGAAAGGAUUGUCAAGUCAUAAGCGGGGAAGAACAGGCAGGGAAGAAGUGAGAGGGGACUUGUAUGGCAUCUCUCUGGCCGUGGAGUGGUUGAGCUUGGAAUUGAAAAGUGGGCUGAUGUACCCGAUUUAUUUCGACAUCUGAACCAGGCAAACGGCCUUUUGGAAUACCUUGAGAAGGCAUGUUAUGUGUCAUAAGUCAACCAAUUUGAGUCCCCCUUGAUCAAACCCGUCUAUGUUUAUCCAGUCACUUACGACCUCAACUAACGUCCAUAGCGUUGGUCGAACUAAACGACCAUUUCACUCCAUCUACCACUCAGACCACAAAGAGCUUCCAAUCACCUCCUUGGGCGGUCUCCCCAUCCACCCAUCCUACCACAUUUGCUCCCACCCAGAACACUUCAUAACCUCUUUCGAUAGAAAAACUCGUCUAAAUUCUUCCACCACAGUUUCGUCUCCACCCCCC